GACACUAAUCAAAACUGAAAUAUGCAGCACCUUUCUAGGUAAGCAUCUUUCUAGGUAAGCAUCUUGUUUUUCCUGGAGUUAAUGAUUGUCUUGAUUUUUAUUCCCUUAGUUUUCUGUGUAUUUGUCAAUGAUUAAACCCUGAGUACUGCUGUAGUUGUGUGGAUCCCUUCUCAAAUCUUAGAAACACACUUGCUAUUCUACCAGUAGAGACCUAUCUUCAAUUCCAGUGUGAACUGGUUGCAUAAUUGUCAUUUGGGGAACUCCCACCAUCAGCCUUGGAUUCCUUUCCACAAACACGGGAUCUAAGCCAAGAUGUAAUAAUGACUGAACAGUCACUUGGCUGGGUCUGCAAGUUAUAUUUCAUUCUUCAUCCUCCCUCUUUGUCCUUGUAAUGGACAAAGAGGAGUUAUGGCUUUAUUAUUUACCUGUUUUAUUAGGGAUAACAUAACAUGCAUACAGUGCACUAAUCCUAAAUUUACAGCUUAAUGAUUUUUUAAUGUAUGUAUACAUUCAUGUAAUCAUCACUCAAAUCAAGAUAGAGACCAUUGCCUUACACUGUAAGGUCCCUGCAUGUCCUUUCAAGUCUAUAUCCACCACCUGUAAUCACUGUUUUCAUUUCUAUCAUCAUAGACUAGUUUUGCCUUUUCUCAACUUUGUUUCUGUAGACUCAUGUAGGGUGUAGUCUCUAUGAAAUCAUCUGUAUCUGGCUUUUGCUCAAAGAAUUGGUGAGCUUCAUUGGUGUUGCAGGCACCAGUUUUUUGUUUUUAAUUCCUGUGCAUUAUUGUGUAACUAUAUUACUAUUUAUCCCUUCUCCUGUGGGUGGACAUUUGCAUUGGUUCAAGUUUCUGACUUUUGUGAAUGAAGCUGCUUUGAAUAUGUCGUCCAUGUUUUUAGUGUGUAUAGUCAUUCAUUUAGGUAUAUACCGCCAAGUGAAAUUGCUGGGUCGUAGAGUGGGUGCAUGUUUAUUUAGCGUUAGUAGAAAUUGCCAAUUUUCCAAAAUGGCUAUACCAUUUUUCAUUUGCACCAGCAAAAUAUGAGAGUUCUAAUUGCUGUCUCCCCAACACCUGUGGGUCUUUCCAGUUUUAGCUGUAUGAUAAAAUAUAGUCAUGUUGUGGGUUUUAGUUUCAUUUCCCUGAGGGAAUAGUGUGUGACACAUCUUUUCACAUGCCUUUUAAAUACCUCUUUUAUCAAUUACCUGUUCAUGCCUUAUUUUAAUAAAAAGAAUGGCUUUACCUUUUUAAUAAUCUUGUUAGAGUCAUUUUAAUGGAGGUUUAGAAGGGACCAGGGCUGUCUGGGUAUGAGUAACCUACCACCUUUAACUGGAAGUCAGGUAACUUUAUCCAAAUAUCAUUCAAAUAUUUUUCCUCAUUUCUGUCCUCCAUUGUGUGUCAACCUCAUGUUUAGUUAUUUGGAUAUAAUCUGGAUUUAUAUUAUAGUGAAGUUUAGAAUGAGACUCUGGAUCCAACCUUAAAGACAUAUGAUAGGAAACUCUGAGCAGCAGCUGUAUUCUGACUUACUCUCUUCUGUCUUUAAUUAAACAUCUCUAGGACCAAGCGCAUUACUACCUGUCCCUGUGGCAGGUGCGUUCUGAGCGCUUUCUCUGUGUCGCGGCAGAUAGGAGCGGAGGGAGGACCCCGGUGAGCAGGACGGCGGCCGGGCUCCUGUCCGCGAGAUACAUUCAGGUAGGAGGAACGCAUGACAGACAUGGAGGAAGAGCCGCAAAAUGGAGAAUCUGCUGAAAUUAAGAUGAUAAAGGAAGCCUACCACAAGGCCUUUGUGUAUGUUGACAGGGGCCUGACUACGGAUGAAUCAGGGAGGAAGGAGGAAGCAAAGAACUACUACAAGCAAGGAAUAGGGCACCUCCUCCGGGGGCUCAGCGUCUCCCCCGCGGAGCCUGAGCGCGCGGGGCCCGGCUGGGAGCUCGCGGGGCAGAUGCAGCAGCAGAUGCGGGGCGCCCUGCAGAACGUGCGCGCCAGGCUGGAGAUUCUGGAGAAGGGCCUGGCCCCUUCCCUCCGGGGCGAGCUGCGGGAGGCGCCCAGGCUGUGCCCGGAAUUUCCGCCCAAAGACACGCCGGCCGCGAGCCCCGCGCCGCCACCCGUCAGCGCCCCGCCUCAGCCCGCCGACGGGGGCGCCCCCGCGCCGGCCGCCCGCGCACAGACGCCCCCCUGCCCCGGCCCCGCGGAGGCGCCGCCCGCCUACACGCCCCAGGCCGCCGAGGGCCACCACACCGUGUCGUACGGCGCCGCGCCCGGGGAGCUCGCGGUCGGAGCGGGCCUCUGCGGGAGCCGCGCGCAGCCGCCGCCCCUGGAGGCGCUCGGGCCGGACGCCGACGAGCUCCUGCUGAUCCCCAGCGGGGUGCAGAUCUUCUUCGUGAACCCUGCCGGGGAGGUGAGCGCCCCCUCCUACCCCGGGUACCUUCGGAUCGUGAGGUUCUUGGACGGGUCUCUGGACGCGGUGCUCGGCCGUCCGCCCGGGCUGCUGCAGGUUUGUGACUGGUUGUAUCCUCUAGUUCCUGAUAGAUCUCCAGUUCUUAAAUGUACUGUGGGAGCCUACAUGUUUCCUGAUACAAUGUUACAAGCGUCUGGAUGCUUCGUGGGGGUCGUUCUGUCUUCUGAAUUACCAGAAGAUGAUAGAGAACUCUUCGAAGAUCUAUUACGACAAAUGUCUGACCUUCGGCUCCAGGCCAACUGGAACCGGGCAGAGGGGGAAGAUGAAUUCCAAAUCCCAGGAAGAGAAAGAUCCUCCUGGGACCAACUGAAGGAAGCCAGUGACACCGAUGUGAGAGAGUUGGGCCCUUCAUUGGACCAGGAUAGUAAAGAUGUACGUCAUAAAGGAAAACGGGGGAAAAAGGCUAAAGGUACGUCAAGUGAAGAAGUCGAUCUGAGCCACAUUGUACCCUGUGAACCAGUUUCAGAAGAAAAGACAAAGGAGUUACCUGAGUGGAGUGAGAAAGUGGCCCAGAACAUUUUGUCAGGUGCUUCCUGGGUGAGUUGGAGUUUAGUCAAAGGUGCUGAAUUUACUGGCAAAGCCAUCCAGAAAGGUGCUUCUAAACUGCGAGAACGGAUUCAACCAGAAGAAAAACCAGUGGAAGUCAGUCCCGCAGUGACCAGGGGCCUUCACAUAGCAAAGCAGGCUACAGGCGGGGCCGCGAAAGUCAGCCAGUUCCUAGUUGAUGGAGUUUGCACUGUGGCCAAUUGUGUGGGCAAGGAGCUAGCGCCACACGUCAAGAAGCAUGGAAGCAAACUGGUUCCAGAAUCUCUUAAGAAAGACAGAAAUGGGAAGUCUGCCCUGGAUGGUGCUAUGGUCGUAGCAGCAAGUAGUGUUCAAGGAUUUUCGACUGUCUGGCAGGGAUUGGAAUGUGCAGCUAAAUGCAUUGUUAACAAUGUUUCAGCAGAAACUGUACAAACUGUCAGAUACAAAUACGGGCAUACUGCGGGGAACGCAACACAUGAUGCAGUAGAUUCUGCCAUCAAUGUUGGUGUGACUGCCUAUAAUAUUGACAACAUUGGCAUCAAAGCCAUGGUGAAGAAAACUGCCAAGCAAACAGGGCACACUCUCCUUGAGGACUAUAAAAUAGUUGAUAAUUCCAAGGGGAAAAAUGAAGCAGAAGCAAACGUAAACAUCAAAGAGAAGGAUGAGCGGACCGAAGAACCAGAGAAGAAUGAGGCAAAGAAGAAAGAUAAAUGACAGAAGGGCCGUGAGUCGCCUAUACCAAAGCCUUACAAGAUGGACGCAAUUUUGUUAAAUAAGCUUAUGUGGAAUUCCCCACAAAUUAACUAGUAUUUUUUUAAUGUAUUCAUUCCUACAUAGCGACUGUUUCAUGUAUUUUACUUAUAUAAGAAUCAGUAUUCUUGCAUCUGGCCUUUAGAAAUACAGAGGUAUAUUCUCAGUAAGUUUAUUUUUUUCUCAAUGUGCCUACAAUAUUUUGCAGAUAAAAUAAGACUAUACAAGUGCUGUAAACCUCAUUAAACCUAAUGUUAAACUAUUUUUGUAUUUGUGAUCUUUCAGAACAAAGUUGGAAAUUAUGUAUUUACAUAAAAUUUGGCAUUUAGUAACUAACCUUAGUUCUGUUAGUAAUGGGAAGGUAUAAUUUGUCUCCUGUUUCUGCACAAAUUGUCGAUUUUUUUAGGUUCUUGUCAUAAUUUUCAGUGUGUAAGCCAAACAGAAACUAAGAAUUCUUAGGUAACAUUUAAAAGAUGUUCAAAACAGAUUAGACUAAUAAAAUGAGGCUUUAUAAAAUUAAGUUGGGUAGUCUUUCUGAUUUAAAAUGAAUACAAAUAGAUUUUUAAGUCUUCUGGAUUUAGACUGGUAUUAAUCUAUUAGGAGUCUAGGUAAUUCGGGGGUGUGAAUUGUAUUAAAAUUUGAAGUAAUUGUCAUCAGCUUAAUUGGAUAAGAAAGUAAAGAAAUCAUUUCACCAUAUCUACUUCUGUAAGUGCUCCCAAAAGGCUAACACUUUGUAAAGACUAAAAUAUAAACAGAAUGGAGUUUACAGAUGGUAAAUAUAUUUUUAUUUUGGAUUCAGUCAUUGGAAUAUUGGGAAAGGUUUUAUUCAUAAACAAGGGAAAGAAUGUGAAGAUUUAGGGGUUAAUCCAUAGUUGGUGGGUAUAACAGCUUUCCCUUUGAUAGAAGACGACAUUUGCAGACCUAUGUGCUAUAAAUAAUGUAAGUAAAUGCCUAAUGGGAUUUUACUUCUGUCUACUGAUUUUAAGAGGUUGUAUUGGUUUUCAUAUCUAUCAUCCAUUCUAAUAUUUCAGAACCUCUAAUGGCUACUUAGUUUAUUAGACUUUAUUUGAAAUUGCCUAAAGAAUGUACUUGAUGAAUAAACUGUCUCUAAAUGACUUGAAUUACUUGGC